AUGCCGCUCCUCGUCCCCACGCCCACCACCUCGCUUCUCUCCGGCGGCAGCCAGAGCGUCGGCGCCGCCACGCUGCGCACGCUGCCCGCCGAGCAGCUGCUGGCCGAGCACGCGCGCCUCGAGCACAGCGUGGCGCAUCUGCAGCGCAGCAACGCCGAGCUGCACGCCAGCCUGGCCGUGCAGGGCGAGGGCACGGAAGAGUGGAGCGACGAGGAUCGCAAGGAGCUGAGCGGGGCCGUGAGGGAGAAUGAGGAGACUAUCCAAGCACAGAAGGACCUGAUGCAGCGCAUCCGCGACGUCAUGCACGAGAAGGGCGGCAGCCACGCCGGCAUUGCGGGCUAUGAAUGAGAGAGAGAGAGAGAGAUGUGUGAGAGGUGCCUCGAGUGUGAUUGCGCGGCAUGGAGAUGGCGGACGAUGCAGGUGCGAGGCUCGGCAGAGGGUGCGCUCGGGCGACAUGCCGAGGUAGGCUGGGGCAUCGGGAAAGGCUCCAAGCUCGCGACGUUGGGGACGGCAAGUACAGG